AUGUUCCAUAUCGCCAAUGAAUCAAAAGCAACAGUGGCCGUCAUCAUGAACGGAGAUAUUAUUCUUCUAGAUGACUUCAUGAGCACUCUUAAACGAAUCUUGACAAGGUUUGAACAUUUUCUUCUCAUCAGCGCGCGAUACGAUCUUGAUAAACUUCCAGAAGACGCUGACGAGGACAAAUCAACUUUUAACGAGAAGUUGAGAAGCCAUGCUCUCAGGAAUGGCGUGUUACACACGUAUGGAGGAAUGGACCUCUGGGCAUGGAAUCUCGACGGCCCCCGUUUAUUCGACGGAGAGAUGCCUCAUUUUAUUUUUGGACGUGGCAAGUACGACAACUGGCUCACGCAUGAGACAAUUCAAGCGGGACGCCGCCACGUCAUCGAUGCAUCUGAGGCAGUCAUGAGUAUUCAUGUCCGCCAUAGCUACAGCUUGGUAACACAGUCGGGAAGGAAUUUGCUCUCAGCAGAAAACACAGCUUUUUGGUCGAAAGGAAAAAAGUCAAAGUUCGAACUCUUCGUGAACAUCUAUUUGAGCCUGCACAGUGGCACCUACAAGAAUCAAAUGGGAAGCAUUCUUUUCGCCCCAUGGCGUCUUGCGCGAUGUCUUGAACCGCAAGGCACUUGUCUUGUGCGAAGGGCCCGGCCAGGAUCUUGUAACUGCGAGUAUACAGGGUCCUCUGUGGCCACUCAGACCGACCCCGUUACUCAGGAAUGCUCGAGAGUUAUCCAGUGUGGAAUGGUAUCGAAGGAGGCAAAGAAUGAUUAUAAUAUUCCAAUUGCUAAACCUGGGGAUGAAAAAGAGCCAUCUUCUUUCGGGAUGCCAUUGACUUUGCCUUCUGUUUCUGAAAGAGUCGCAAUCAACAAUACUGUAAUAGUCACAGCCCUAAACUACGGAUAUCGCGAUAUUAUGAUGAAUUGGGUGUGCAACCUUCGACAUCUGAACAUUACCAACUUUAUCAUCUCUGCUUUUGACCGAGAUCUUUAUGAAUAUGCCUACGUUAGAGGGCUACCAGUCUAUUUGGAAACGGAAGUUUUACAAGGGCACAACGCGUCACUAUCUGACGUUGCAUAUGGCACAGACUCGUUCAAAAAGUUAACAAAACUGAAGUCACGAGUCGUUCUUCGAUUCUUGAAGCUUGGAUACAAUGUUCUUUGGUCAGAUGCAGAUAUCAUCUGGUUUAAAGAUCCGCUUCAGAAUCUAUGGGCGCACAAUGUUGACCUUGCAAUUCAGUCGAACGCUCCAGACAACGAACUCUGCAAUGCAAAAAGAAGAAUCAAUUCCGGCUUUUAUCUAGCACUUUCAAACAGGAAAGUCAUUUCGUCAUUUGAAGCCGUCAUCAAAUUCGCUUCAAAGUCUAGAAUGUCAGAACAGCCGUGUUUCUACGAUGUUCUAUGCGGGAAGGAAGGAGAAAGGCGAGUAGGAACAAACCGUUGUAUCUAUAAAGGUAUGGUUCUUCAGCUUCUAGAUCGAAGGUUUUACCCGAAUGGAAUGACAGACGGUAUUUGGGAUGUUGCUGCCGGCCAAAUUCUACAGGCUUUUCCUGGUCUGGUGAUACUACAUAACAACUGGGUGAAAGGAAGUGGGGCAAAAAACGAGAGAUUUAAGCGGCAUGGAUUCGAAUUUUUUGACUCUAAAAAGGGGCUAUGCCGAUAUACAAAAUCUUUUUAG